AUGAGUAAGAGUGAUGUUCAUGUAGUAAUGCUACCAUGGUCUGCAUUUGGUCACCUUAUUCCAUUUUUCAAUCUCUCCAUAUCCUUAGCCAAAGUAGGAGGAAUUCAUGUCUCAUUCAUAUCCACUUCCAGAAAUAUCAAAAGACUCCCUAAAGUUCCCCCAAACUUAGCACACCUUGUAAAACUAGUGGAAUUUCCAAUGCCAACUCUUGACGACAAGAGUCUUUUGCCUGAAGAUGUUGAAGCUACUUCUGAUCUUCCUAAUUAUUUAGAACAACUCCAGUACCUGAAAGCAGCUUAUGAUCUUCUCCAAGAACCAAUCGAACAGUUCAUUGCAGAUAAAAAACCUGAUUGGAUUAUUGUCGAUUUCGCCCAAUAUUGGAUAGUUGAGUUUGCUGAAACUCGCGAUAUACCUUUAAUUUACUUUAGUAUUUUUCCUGCUGCUGCAGUAGGUUUUUCAAUUGCUGCAUCAGCUACAGACAAGUCAGUAGUUGAAAGUUUCACCUCACCAGCGUCUGAGAUGCUGCAAGUUCCGUCGUCGACUUUGUCCAUGGCUAUACGAGGUUGCCAAGAAUUUGAUGGUGAGUAUUUGGAUGCGGUACAUAAAGUAAUCAACAAGCCUGCCAUUCCAGUUGGAUUAUUACCACCCGCUGAAACGUCAAGAAACUGCAGCUUCAAUUACGAAGAUGAUGAUCAGUCAAUAUUAUGGCAGGAAAUGUUCAAAUGGCUCGAUCAACAGAAACCCAUGUCAGUUUUAUUCGUUGGGUUUGGAAGCGAAAUGGAACCGAGUAAAGACCAGGUGGAUGAAAUAGCAUAUGGGCUUGAGCUCUCUGGGCUAUCAUUCAUAUGGAUACUACAGAAGAGUAGUUGGAUGAUUAAUUCAGAUCCUUUGCCUACAAGUUUUGGAUUGAGAAGAGGGGAAAAAUUAGGGGUGGUGCACAUUGGAUGGGCCCCACAAAAGGAAAUUUUAGCACAUCCUUGUAUUGGGUUUACUCUAAAUCAUGGAGGGUGGGGUUCUGUUGCAGAAAGUCUGCAACAUGGUCAUGUUCUUGUUCUUCUGCCAUUAAUGUAUGAUCAAGGCCUAAAUGCAAGAAUGUUAGUAGAAAAAGGACUGGGAGUUGAAGUGGAGAGAAAUGAAGAAGAUGGUUCAUUUACUAGAAAUGAUAUAUCUAACGCGUUGACAUACGCCAUGGUUUCUAAAGAAAGUGAAGAGCUCAGGGCAAGAACAACAAAAGCUACUUCUAUUUUUGGAGAUAGGAAGUUGCAUGAUUCUUACAUUGCUAGCUUUAUUGAGUAUCUGAAAACUAAUAGGAAUAAAUCUGUGCCUUAA